CAACGGGGCCGGCCUCGGAGAUGCUCCGCGUCCGAGCCGGUAUCCAAGCAACAGGAGUCUGGACCCGACAGGACUCUUCACUGCGGACAUGGCCCGUUACAAGAAAUACAUCGAGAUAGUGAUUCAACAGCUGAACAAAUUCAAGCCCGAAAGCGACAGCGUGGACCAGAUCCUGGAGGAGACAAGUGCCAUUUUGCAGACACGCAGCGUCCCUGACGAAAAGUUUAUUCUGCAAGUUCUCUGUGGAUGUCUCGAGUAUAAACCGCUAUUGGAUGUCGUGGUCAACGCAUUCUUCGCUCGGGUUGGGAAGCACUGCUUGGUGUCGGAUCACAACCUCUACCUGGUUGUUUGCUGCCUGUCCACUUUCCACCUGGAGGAGCUGGGACUUCAGCACUUCAGCAAGAUCAUCAAGUCGCUGGAUCCUGCCAAAAUGCAUAAGUUUCUUAGGUUCUUUUUCGAUGUCGGGAACUUGAACACAUGGAUCAAGGAUGAAUGGAGUCAGAUAUAUGACUUCAUGUUUGUAAAACAGCACUGGAUUGAUCCAUUGUUAAAAUGGCAACCAAAGGUCCAACAACUAAUUAACUACCUGGACGACGUAUUAGCUAAUCGCCAUAUGUCGCCGAAGACCUCAAAGGUAACAAAGCCCAAAGAAUUUAAUUUGACAGUCCCGAGGCCCCGGGGUUUACCCGUCCCUCAGCCAAUCCCUCAGCAGGAAAAGCCUCGUCCGGUCCCUCCGAGCACGUACAAGCGACCCAAGGAAAUGCAGCUACUGGAAGAAAAGAAGUUUAAAAACCGCCGCGAGGCCGAGGAACGACUCCUCAGGGCAAACACUGAGCAGUUCCAGAAUACCGCCCUGAAGCCCAAAGACAGGGAUGGAUCAGUAGCAUCAUCAAGGAUUAAAACCUCUGUCAUGGAAAAGAAAAGAAAGGCAUGUAAACCGGUUUUCUCCACAAGGAAGGCAUCAGAAGAACCUGUUCCCAAGCCGGACAACCCGCCCAUCAGACUGAAUGCAGCCUCCAUCCUGAGGGAAGGAGCACUCUACCAGCGGAAGGCCCAGGAAGAGCUGAGGAGGGUCAAUGAACUGGCCCAGGGGAGCGGCGACUUCUCUGAAUUCCUAGAGUGGCAAAAGCAGAUGCGGGGGAAGGAUUUAGAGCAGGAGCUGGCGGAGCAGGAAUACCGGAAACUGCGCGGGAAGCUCAGCUACGAAGAGGCCAUCUUAGCCCACCAAAACCAAAUCCAGGAGAACAAAAAGAAGGCUGACCGGAAGAAGGAGGAGACGGCCGUGAUGAUGCGCCGGUGGGCAGAGAGGCGGCUGCAGGAGGAAAAGGAAAUGCGAGAGCUGGUGGAGCAGGUCAUGGAGGGGCACAAAAACACAAGGCAGGCCCAGACGAAGCUCCAGAAAUGCAAACGGCAAAUAGUUGAAGAAGUAGCCGAGGAGAGCAGGAAGCUUCUCUGCCAGGGCCGGGAGCAGGCCCAAGAGGACCUCAACCGGAGAUUCCAACUGAUUCAUCAGAUCCGAGCUCUGGAGUCUCUCCCGGCGAUGAGGAACAAGUGUGUCGAUCUGACCCAGACUCCCGGCUACGGCUUCCACGGAGAAAUGUCAAUAGUGGAGCUGCGUGAGCGACUGAUCUUGCUGAGGGAAGCCCAGAAAAGAAUAGAAGAAGACAAGAGGGACCACAUCAUACAAGAAAAACUAGCAAAGGAGCAGCUGCUUCUGGACAAACUGGAACAAAUUUGUCUGGCCCGAGAAGUCGCUGGGAGAACAGCAGCACUUAAGCACGAAGAAAAGAAAGUAAAGCCCUGGGUAGCCAAAGCCUCUCGGCCUGACGAGCGCCUGUUGGAUUUACAGAGAAAGAUUGCGGAGAAAUCCCUGGAGCGUAAAAAACAAACCAAAGCCCAAAAAGUGGCCAAGCCCACGGGAGAGAGCACAGUUUUGAGAAGAUGCAGUGAGAAACACCAACGUUGUCCAGAGGAGAGACACUGGCGAGAAAUCCAAGAGAAUCGUCAGAGGCUCCUGAGGACCCUCCAGGGCCACCCACCUUCUCCAGAGCGAGCGGCAAAACGUGCUGCGGGCCUGGCAGCGAUGGCCUGAAUCCCGGAGACUCCCCUGGGAACACUGGGAAUCCUGCCAUGAACAGAGCUGUGGGGUUGGACUUGGCCGAGGCCCACCACCCAGGAGGAUGGGCUGAGGGGAAAACCGUUUAGGGGCUGGGGGAGUUGGACACUGGGGCCCACGGGUAGGGGGGAAAUAGGAGGGAGGGAAAUGCUGCGUGUUGUUCAUGACAUUCCUUACACCGGAUUUCUCCCUGCAGGCAGUUCAUCCGGUGAAUAAAGAACAAA